GUCUGCGUAGAAGAGAAGGGUGGGAUCGUUUCGCGCCGCUUCGCUGUGUCAGAGGCCCGGGCCCGGCCAGGCCCGGCUCGGAUUCUUGGUUGCCAUGACGUCCUACUUUGAGGAGCACGACUGCGAGCCCGGAGUGCCCGAAGAGCAGUACCGACAGAAUGCGCUCCUGGAGUUGGCGCGGACACUUUUCAAUGGAAUGGACAUUGAGUUGGCAUCUGCUGACUUCACUGACUGGGACCACAGAUUGCCUCCUCCUGCUGCCAAGAGAGCUGUUCAGAAUCUGCCCAAAGCCAUCAUUACAGGGGCCCAGGCUGACAAAGGCCUGAAGUGCCCUGUUUGCCUUGUGGAGUUUGAAGAGGGACAGACAGCCCUGGAGAUGCCCUGCCAGCACCUCUUUCAUUCAGACUGCAUUCUGCCCUGGCUGGGCAAGACCAACUCCUGCCCACUGUGCAGAUGUGAGCUGCCCACAGACAAUGAAGAAUAUGAAGAACAUAAGAAAGACAAAGUAAGAACAGACUGUGGGGAGAGGAAUUGGGAGCGAAGGCCAGAACCAGGCUGGUAUUGCAUGCAGUGGGGGUUACAAUUAGUCCUAAUCUAAGAGUCAAAAGAUCUUGAGUCUGAGAUUGUAGAACCUCUGAGUCCCUGGGUAUAAAGAUGUCCACCUUGGUCCUUCCUUGGGCUUUUGUGAGGAUCAGUGAACAUGCCUUGUCAAGGCACCAAGUCCUCAGCUUCCUAGGGAAGUUCUGAGAGCUGUACUUCUUGUCGACAGACCCCUCUUAGGGAGUCUGGGUAAAGUAACCCUGCCUCCAUUCCUUAGGCCCUUUUUACCUUCUAGACCUUACUGUGAUAUAGGGUCAUCCUCACUUUCUCCUUUUCCCCUCAUAGGCUCGAAGGCAGCAGCAGCAGCAUCGCCUUGAAUACCUCCAUGGAGCAAUGUAUACAUGAUGGGCUUAGCUUCCCCCUCCGAAUACUUUUCCUCGUGUCCAUUAAACUGUCUCCUUAUCCUAAGCAGCCAUACCUUUGCUUGGGAGGAUCUGUGCCUUGGAGGGAGGGGGGGGGCAGUUUUCAUUCCAUCCCAUCCCUGCUACCAGAGGGAGGGAUGGAGCUUGGGGGCCCCUUGUUGCUCUUUUCUCUCCCAUUCCUCAAGAGCUAGCUGCAGAUAUGAAAGACUCAGUCCAGAUAGAGAGUAAAAAAACAUAGAUUAAGGCCCCAUUCCAAGAGCAGUCACUGGGGAACCAGCCAAGGUCUGGAAUCCCUGACUUCCCUUCUCCAGACAACCUUUGUACCUACUCUCUCUAGGCUCAGAGUAGGAAAAUGACCCUUAUGGGAGGAGGAGGAGGCAAUCAGCUUAGAAGAUAAAGCUGGGGGGUGGGCCUGCUCACAACACUUUUAGAGUUGGAUGUGGGGCUGAAAUCUCUAGGCCCACCAGGCCCUGAACAAGCAGAAAUGGAGACAAAGUGUGUGUGGGUAACCCUAAGGAAGCCUCGCCCUCCAAAACAGCUCAUUCCACUUCUGAAAAGCUCCAAUGGUUACUUUUCCUGACUUUAAGCCUGAAACUGCCUCCAUCCAACUUCCUCCCAUUGUUCCUAGCUCUGCCCUCUAAGAGAGCCCUCCUCCCCUUGCUAAUCGAACACAACUCUCUUGGAGUUCCCCAGGCCUCAGAGAUCUCCAAACAUCUCCAGCCCCUUUUCCUCCACCUUCAUGUGGUAUCUUCAGAGUCCUUGGCUGUCCUGGUUGCUCUCAGUAUCCUUCAGCGGAUCGCUGUUCUUCCUAAAACCAAGACAUUGGGGUUUCUUUAUUCCCAUUCUGAGGUCUGAGGAAAAGUCCUUUGUGCGGCUAGACACUCAGUUCUUCAAAACAGAUGGCAAAACAUUCAAGAGUUAGACUUUUAAUAGAUAUAAAAAAGUACUAAAAUA